AACUUGGAUGUGUAUAAAAAUCUACAUGCAUGUAGGAAGUUCUCUCACACCAAAAGAAAACAACACUCUAAAGACUAUAAUCAAUCAUGUUGAUCAAACUUGCAGUCCUCCUGAUUCUUUUGGUGUGCACACUAGUUUCAGCAGAUGAAGUAUCUGAAUUCACCUUCAAUGGCUUCGAAUCGAAAAACAUGAGCCUACAAGGUGCAGCCAUUCUCACACCAAACGGUCUUUUAAAGCUCACCAAUGCUACUUCUCAGCAAGGCCAGGCCUUUUAUACUAAGCCAAUCAAAUUCAAGAACAAAAACUCUUUGAAAGAUGGUACUAAUUCUUCUUCGGUUGCUUCUUUCUCAACCACUUUCGUUUUCGCCAUAGUUCCAAGGGUAUAUGGCAUGAGCGCCCAUGGGAUUAGUUUUGUUAUUGCUCCAACAAGAGGCCUUCCAAAUGCUGAAUCGGUCGAGUUUCUUGGCCUCUUUAAUGUCACCAGCAAUGGAAAUGCAACCAACCAUGUUUUCGCGGUGGAGCUGGAUACCAUUCAGAACAAACAGUUUGGUGAUAUUGAUGAUAACCAUGUUGGGAUUGAUAUUAAUAGUUUAGAUUCAGAAGCCUCUUUGACAGCAGCUUAUUUUGAUGAUACAAAAAAGGAGUUUCAGAAUUUGACACUUGCUAGUGGCAAAGUUAUGCAACUAUGGGUGGAAUAUAGUGGAUUGGAAAAGCAAAUUAAUGUCACUGUAGCUCCGGUGAACAUUGGGAAGCCGAAGAAGCCACUCUUGUCUUUAAAUUAUGAUCUUGAUUCAGUUAUAAAUGAAGAAAUGUAUGUGGGCUUUAGUUCAACCACGGGUACCACUUUUGGAUCUCAUUAUGUUCUUGGAUGGAGCUUUAAGGUGAAUGGGAUGGCUAGUGAUCUUUCCAAACUCCCCAAGCUUCCUCGAAUUGGACCUAAGAAAAAAUCAAUUUUUCUGAGAAUUGAGUUACCAUUUAUUGUGGUGAUUAUUUUGUUACUGACAAUUUCAGGCAUAGUUUACUACGCGUGGAGGAAAAAGAAAUUUGCAGAAGUUCUUGAAGAUUGGGAACUUGAUUAUGGGCCACAUAGAUUCAAGUACAAGGAUCUCUAUGUUGCCACUGAAGGAUUCGACAAUAAAAUGCUCGUGGGGAUAGGAGGUUUUGGUAGGGUGUACAGGGGUGUAUUACCAAUUUCAAAAAUUGAAGUUGCAGUGAAAAGAGUUUCCCAUGAAUCAAGACAGGGAAUGAGAGAAUUUGUCGCAGAAAUUGUAAGUAUUGGGAGGCUUAGACAUCGGAAUAUUGUUCAGCUCCUGGGGUAUUGUCGUCGAAAAGGAGAAUUACUUUUGGUAUAUGACUAUAUGCCUAAUGGUAGUUUGGACAGGUUCCUUUACAACAGCCCGGAGGUUGUGCUGAACUGGACACACAGAUUUCGAGUCAUCAAAGGUGUGGCAGCAGGGCUGAAGUAUCUACAUCAAGAUUGGGAGCAAGUGGUGAUUCACAGAGAUGUCAAAGCUAGUAAUGUAUUAUUAGAUAGUGAUAUGAAUGCAAGAUUAGGAGACUUUGGGCUAGCAAGAUUGUACGAUCAUGGAACGGACACUCAGACUACUCACAUUGUUGGAACAAUUGGAUAUUUAGCCCCUGAACAGGCUCGGACCGGCAAGGCCACAACUAGCACCGAUGUCUACUCUUUCGGGGCAUUUCUACUUGAGGUUGUCUGUGGUCGAAGGCCCAUAGAUGCACGAAAAGAAGUACUUUUGGUGGAUCAGGUCUGUUCUUUGUGGAACAACGGUGAAAUCAUUCAAGCAGUUGAUCGCAAACUGGGAGUAGACUAUGUUGUAAAGGAAGUGGAGUUGGUGUUGAAGCUUGGCUUGUUGUGCUCUUGUGGCGAUCCGAAUGUCAGGCCAAGUAUGCAACAAGUUGUGCAGUACUUAAAUGGUUAUGAACAAAUGCCAGAAUUAUCUGACCUUGAUCUUUCUCAGACUGGAUUUACAUUCGGAAAGGACACGGUUGAUGUUUCAACCACAUCGACUCAACCAUACUCUGAUGUCGAAUCAUUUCUCUUUAGUGGCAGAUAAAUCAACUUGUAUUUUUCUUUGGCCGCAGAUAAAUCACCGGCUGAUUUAGCUUGUAUUAUUUAGAAUUUAUCGUGCAUACUUAGUUAUAAACAAUAAGCAGAUAUAAGCAUUUUGCAUUUUUAAACAUCGUGGUUAAAUUAUAAAUAUAUGAAUUUGAAGGAUUAUAUA